UAUAAUAACACCGGGAGGACUGAAGAGCCGAGUGUGACAGUGACACACCUUCCGGGUACACAUACAGAGGAGCUGAGCGGACCAGGGCCGGCUACGAGGAUGAGUGGAAGAGUCGGGGACCUCAGUCCUAAACAAGAAGAGGCCUUAGCCAAGUUCCGUGAGAAUGUAAAGGACCUUUUACCCAACCUCCCUCCAUACUCUCAGGAUGACUACUAUCUGCUGCGAUGGCUCCGAGCCCGAUGCUUUAACCUGCAGAAAUCAGAGAGUAUGCUCCGAAAGCAUAUGGAAUUUCGGAAGCAUAUGGAUUCUAACAGAGUGCUGGAGAACUGGCAACCUCCUGAGGUAGUCCAGAAGUAUUUAUCGGGAGGGUUGUGUGGUUACGAUCAGGAAGGCUGUCCUAUUUGGUAUGAUGUCAUCGGGCCUCUGGAUCCCAAAGGGCUGCUGUUUUCUGCUUCCAAACAGGACCUCAUUAAGACAAAAAUGAGAGAUUGUGAACGUAUGAGUCUGGAAUGCCGUCGUCAGACUGAGAAGCUGGGGAAAAGAGUUGAAGAAGUUGUGAUGAUCUAUGAUGUGGAAGGUUUGGGACUUAAGCAUCUAUGGAAACCAGGGGUGGAUUUGUAUGGAGAGGUCUUGAAAAUGUUUGAAGAUAAUUACCCAGAGGCACUGAAGAGACUUUUUGUAGUUAAAGCUCCUAAACUCUUCCCAGUGGCAUAUAACCUUAUCAAACAUUUCCUGAGUGAGGACACAAGAAGAAAGAUCAUUGUAGUAGGAGAUAACUGGGAAGAAGUACUUCAGAAAUAUAUAGCUGCAGACCAGAUCCCUAAGUACUAUGGAGGAACUCUAACAGACCCUGACGGUGAUCCAAAAUGUAAAUCCAAGAUAAAUUAUGGAGGAGAUGUCCCUAAGUCCUACUGUGUGAGAGACCAAGUGCAGCAGAAUUAUGAGAAUAAUACAACAAUCAAUAGAGGAUCCAGCCAGCAAAUGGAGUAUGAGAUUCUGUUUCCAGGUUGUGUGCUCAGGUGGCAAUUCCAGUCUGAUGGUGGUGAUAUUGGGUUUGGGGUUUUCCGAAAGACCAAACCAGGAGAGAGACAAAAGGCUGGAGAAAUGGCUGAAGCUGUGCCAAAUGAAAGGUACAAUGCGCAUAUGGUACCAGAAGAUGGGAGCUUGACCUGUCCUGAGGCUGGAACAUAUGUGCUUCGCUUUGACAAUACAUACAGCUUCAUUCACGCCAAGAAAGUUAGCUACACUGUGGAAGUCCUGCUGCCAGAUCGCAGCUCUGAAGAGAAGAUACAGAAGCUAGAAGAAAAGCUGGAAACCAGCCUCAGCCUCUAAGUAGACACCAAAAAUUCCAUGAGUGUUGUAAAGCCCAUCAAAGACCCUGAAGUUUGGUUGUGAAACAAAUAAUAUGUAUGAAGUUUAUGUAUAUAUAGGAUACAACAAAGUACCUUAAAAUGUAAUGAGGCGUACCGCAACUUACCCUUUUUGCAUUUUAAAGUGGCAACAUAUUGACUGUGUUUGAUUGUCAUAGUAUCUUUUACAUGCUAAAAAUAGGCUACUGAAACAUUAGUACAUAAGGUUAGCACAAAACAUAAAAAACAUACUUGAAAUUGGUGUAACUCAGGCCAGUCUGCUUCAUUUUAUUCAUCCUUCAAAAAUACUGAAAAUACAUAAAAAUGGAACUCCAGCCAGACUUUUGGCUAAAAUACCUUUGUCAGGUUUGUAUCGCUGUAUCCCCCCAUUAGAUCUGUUUAAUCUUAUUUCCAGACUUUUUAGGCUGCAAUAGGGAGAAAUUGCAGAGGUUCUACCGCUUACCCAUUCUACCCAAAACAAAAUGAAGGUUUUGUCUGGAGUUCUGCAAUAAGAUAUACAAUAACUUGUCAUUUGGAUUUAUUUUGUGCUGGGUAUUAGAUGAUUGACCAUGUAACCCUUUAAAAUGCCAACUAUGACUGACUGGCAAUAAUCCUGACAUUUAAUUUCUUCUUAAAUUCUUACUUUUCUGAAAUGUUACUAAUUUCUACUUAAUUUUAUUUAUACUUUCGUGGUUAAGUAUAAGUAAUUAACUCAUUUUCCCUCUCCAUGUAUUUCAUGCCAGUUGUCCUUCCGUUAAAUGACAAAUCUGUUAUCCAAUGUGCCCACACGAGUCUCACACCGAUGUAAUAUACUGUAAAUGUGUUAUAGUGUACAUUUCUGCUUGUUAGAAAUGUGGCUUUGUACCUUUUCUAGUUACUUAUGCAGGAACAAGGAGAGUAAACUAUAUACUGUACAUGAUAAAUAGAAUUGGGUAAUUGGAGAUAAAUCUAAAAAGGCAGUUAGAAAAGUAAAAAUACAGUGGUGCAAAAUGACUAACACAAAAGGUAACACUAUUCUUGGUACUGUACAUGAUGGCGAGUAACAUUUGCUUGUGCAGCUGUUGUUAAUGCUGAACUCCAGGUAAACAGCUAAAUACACAUAUGAAAAAAAAAAUAUAUAUAUAUAUAUAUGUGUGU